AAAGCGAGAUAAGAUUUGACUCAAGGCAUAAUCAGAGGUGCUUCUGAAAGAACUGUCAGUCUGUGGAGCAGCAUUCAGCUUGCCAAGUGCAGUGGGCACAGCGGCAAAGCUGUUUUCAAUUCAAGGAAAAUGGCGGCGUUUUUUAAAUCACGGAAAGCAAUCUUCCUAGGAGUAGCCAUUGUUUUUGUUGUCAUUAUCGCAGUGUUCUUUACGUUGUAUUCCAAAAAGGAUGACGAUAAGGGGCCCACAGAUGAGUAUGUAGUGUCUACAACGUACGGAAAAUUGAGAGGUACUUGGAUCGACAGACUACCAGGAAAAAAAUUGAAGUAUGUUGCUUUUAAGGGUGUACCUUACGCACAGCCACCGGUUAAAGACCUUCGAUUUAAGGGCCCAAAACCAAUGACCCCGUGGACAGGAAUACGAGAUGCUUUGGUAGAAGGAAAUUCAUGCACGCAGGCAGGAACUAUUGGCUCAGAGGAUUGUUUGUACUUGAAUGUGUAUACUCCUCGACUUCCGUCAGCGAAGGAGAAUCCCAAAUUUGCUGUUUACGUUUUUAUCCACGGGGGAGUAUUUCAGUACGGCAAUUCAAAUUCGAACGAAUUUGGCCCGGAUUUCAUUGUUUCCCAGGAUGUGGUUGUCGUUACAAUGAACUACAGAAUUGGCAUUCUAGCUAGUUUAAGUCUCGACACGGAUGAUGUACCCGGCAACGCUGGGUUAAAAGACCAAUUGCAAGUUCUUCGUUGGGUGCAUGACAAUAUUGCGAACUUCGGUGGCGAUCCUUCCAAAGUUACCCUGGGUGGCCAGUCUUCUGGAUCAGUUAGCGCCAGCUGGCUGACGCUUUUGCCCCAAACAAAGUCCCUUAUCCGUUCCGCUAUUACCCAAAGUGGGACCGCUGUUGCUAGCUGGGGACUUAACUACAAACGCGAAGAGUUCGCCGACGCGGUAUACACCCACCUGACAGGAAAAAAUAGCGGUACCGUUGCGGAAAAAACUUUCGCCUUCAAAGAAGCUUCUUAUUUAGAAUUGUACUAUGCCGCGGAAAAUGCAACAAUUUUGCUUCAAACAACCAAGGGAGUUGGGACGGACAUUUCCUUUUUUUACUUGCCUAGCCUUGAAAAAAGGCAGCAAGGUGAAGAAGAGUUGCUCAUUCGUAACGACCCAGAGAGUUAUUUUAUCAGUAAAGAAGCCAAUGAUAUCCCACUUAUUCUUGGGGAGACGCAAGAGGAAUGGACUAUCUUUUACGCCAUGCAACCAAUGUUUGAUAACGAAGCACUUCUACAAUCGACUAUCAAGGACCUCAUAACGUAUGUUCCAAGGUCAAUUAUACCUGGAGAAGAUACACAAAAGCUUCUUGCAAUUGAAGACUUCGUUUCAAAGAUAUCUGUCACAAAGUUAGUCGACGACAUACGAGAUCAGUUUUUCUUAAGCCCCUCACUGCCAGCGGAUUGCAACACAAAUUGCAGAAUGUCAAAGUUCAUGAAUCAAGUGUACAUUAUGGUUGACUCAUCUCACAUGCUCCGCCUGAGGUCAAAGUAUCUUUCAAGCCCUACGUACGCGUACAUAUUUAAUUUGUUAUCAGACUACAACCACAAUAGGGAAAAUCUCCCCGACUAUUUAAAGAACGAUGUUGUCCAUGGAUCCGACUUGAAUUACACGUGGCGAAGUGCACGAAACCCCCAAGAUUUUUACGGAAACAGCACAGCCUCCAGGGCGGUCCGACGACAAGUCACCAUGUUGACAAACUUCAUAAAAUAUGGGGACCCGACUCCUAUGCCAACUGACGUCAUUAAUAUCCAAUGGCAACCCGUGAAGUCCGGCGGUCAAGAGACAUACCUCGAAAUCACCGAUACCCUCACGCAGCGGAGCGGCAGCAUGGCCGGUCCGGACGGUGACUUCUGGGCAAGACAGUUCGAAACGACGUGUCGGGCAGGCAAGAGUCCCUAACCAAUUUCUAUUUCACGGAACUUCAGCUGAAACAAACUUGAACGGAACUCCAACUGCAAUAUACCCCUCUUCAAUUUUUCCUAAAAGUG